AUGAGCGAAAAGACCGGAGACUCCGAUCUCGUGCAGCUUGAGAAGGAUUUCCAGGAGGUGAUCAAUGAGCUCGCAGGAGAGCCGGCCCUUGAAAAAUUCAAGGCCGAAUUUGAAAAAGUGCACAAUGCGCUGAUUGAGGCCAAUUUGUCUAACACCAAACUAGCAGCAAAGUGCCGCGAGCUCAACGCCGAGAUCGUCUCCAACUCGACCAAGGUCUCUGAAGCGCUCAAGAUCGGCGAGGAUGAUCAGUCCAGCAUCUCGCAGCUCCAGUCCGAGCUGGAGAAGGCCUGGGUCAUGCUCGACGCGUCGAAUGAAAAGGAGAACCGAGCGCGAGAAACGAUCAAAGCGCUCAAGAUCGAGGUCGAGAACCUGACCAAGCUGGUUGAGAACAACACUGAGACUGUGGUGGGUCAUGACAGCUCGAUGAAAGAAAUUAUGCGCCAGAAACAAGAGCUCAAGGACGAACGAGACGCGCUCGUGAAAGAGUGCGACGAGCAUCGAGCCGAGCUUGAGAAGAAUACGGAACGCAUUAUUUCUCUCGAGGAUCAGACCGCCCGCGCAACAAACGACAUCGCCGAGCUGAAACAAGACAUUCAGUUCAAAACCAACGACGCCGCCAAAGCCCUCCGAGCAAAGGAGAAGCUCGAGAAGGAGAUCUCUGUCGUCGCUACAGCCCGCGCUGCAUCCGAGCUCGAAGCGAAGAAACUCUCGGAUCAGCUCGCGAAAAAGAAGGCUGAGCACGAUGCUGUGGUCGAGAAAACUCGCGCCGUUCGGAUUGCUGCCGAUCGAGCGCAAAAGGAUAUCAAAAAUCUUGACCACAAGCUUCAAAAGACGAACGAAGAACUUUUGAAACAACAAGAGGUCACUGGCAAGUUGGGUGGCGAAAAAACUGAGCUUUUGUGCGAGUUGCGCAUCAGGGAGGAUGAAAUCUCAACAUUAAAAAAUGAAAUUAAUCGAAAUAACAAAAUUAUGGAGAAGCUCAAGGUCAAGCUUCAAAAAUCCGAAAGCGACCGAAUUGAACUGGACAAAAAACGCGACGACCUGAAAGGCAAGGCAGCUGCGCUCGAGCGAGACCGAGACAUUGCCGUCAAGCUGGCCGAAGUGGACAAGAAGCAGAUUGAAGAAUUGGCGCGCGAACGCGACAUUCUCGAUAAUAACCUGCUCAAGGCCGCUUCUGCCACUGCUGCUCAAGUUGAAGCCGUCAAGCUCCAUGUGUCGCACAAGAAGAAUCUUGAAUGCGAGAUUGCUUCGUACAGAGAAGAGUCCACUAAGCAGCGAAAGAUUAUCUUCCAGCUCGAAAAAGAGCGAGAAAAAUACAUCACGAGCACAAUGGAAUUGAACGUGAAAAUCAACGAGCUGAGCAAGGACAUGCGAAUCUCAAAGCUGGAGCUGUUCGACUAUCAGAAGCAGAUCGCCGAGUACGAGGCGCGACUGAAGCAGCAGCAGAGCAUGAAUGAUACCGUACGCGCGGAUCGCAAUCUUUACUUGAAGAACUUGACCGACAGUCAGGAAGAAAUCAACGAGCUCAGGAAAAAGAUCAAAAUCAUGACGUACCAAGUGGACCAGUUCAAGGACGAAAUCUCCAACAAGGAAGCCAGUCUCGUCAAAGUGAAUCUUGAGCACGCCCGAAUCGAGAAGGAAAAGGAAGCUCUUCGGGCGGAUAUCCAGCGAUUGAAGAACAACGCUGGAGACUCCGAUCGACAACUAGAGUCGAUGGAGAAGCAGAUUUCAAAUCUGCAGCAGAUCAUUCGCGAGGCCGAAGUCGAGCGACAGGGUCAACAGAAAACGCUGGAAAAAGUGUUGACCGAGCGAGAUCUUCUUGGAACACAGCUUGUCCGGCGAAAUGACGAACUCGCUCUUCUCCACGAAAAAACAAAGCUCCAGACGAGCGAGGCGAUCAAGGGAGAACAGCACUACAAAAUGCGGCUGGACGACAUUCGAAUUUUAAAGACCGAACUCGCCGAAAUUCGACGCGAGAAGAAACUGCUCAAGAAGAACUUGAACAGCGCCGAGCACACGCAACGCGAAGUUCACAAGCUCUCCAGCGAGCUCAUCCGCGAAAAGACCAGAUGCAGAGCGCUGGAAGAAGAGCUCGAGAAUCCGAUGAACAUCCAUCGAUGGCGACGACUCGAAGGCGCAGAUCCAUCAACUUACGAGCUUAUCCAGCAAGUGCACGCGCUUCAGAAGCGACUGAUCGAGAAGACCGCCGAAAUCGUCCAGAAAGAGUUCAAGAUCAAGGAGAAAGAAGCUUGCUACGUCGAGUUGCGAGAGAUCCUCGCGCGACAGCCAGGACCUGAAGCAGCUGAGCAACUGGCCGAGUACCAGCGAUGCAUGAGAAACAAGACAAAACAGCUCAAACGACUCGUUGCUGAACUCAACGUUGCGGAAAUGUCGAUGUCAGAGCAAGAGACUGAAAUUGGCAGAAUUUCCAAUGAACUCAAGGAAGUGAAGCAAAAGUACCUGGAAAUGAAAAAGAACGAAGCUCUCGCCCGCAAUCAACGUCACAUUCCCGCUGGAAAGCCACCAAAGCCAAAUACAGAGCCAAAAUUGCGCUUUGCAGGCGGCGGAUUCAAUUUGAAGCAGGCCAAUGCUCUCCAGAAAAAUGUAUUAUCUGCAAGUGUUACUAAUUUCUCAUAA